AUGCUAUUAGGAUUAGAAGCCACCCUUUUGAGAGAUAUGCUAGAAGUAGCCACCAUUCCAUUUCCCGUCUUGCCGGAAGUACUCAUCUGCGAGAUUCUUCUCAGACUUCCGGUGAGAUCCCUCCUUCAAUGCAAGUGUGUAUGCAAGUCAUGGAAAAUUUUAAUCUCUGAUUCCGAAUUCAUAAAGAACCAUUUUAGAAUCUCAACCUCGGAUCCAACCAUGACCAACCAACAAUUAGUGUUUUCUUUUAGGAAACAACCCGGAAAAAUUGUAUCUUACGCUUUGAAGCCGUUAUUAGAAAAUACAGCAACCUCUAUUAAACUUGGUACCUACCUAUUUAGAGAAGAGACUUAUUCUAAUAUUAUAGGUUCAUGCAACGGUCUUUUGUGUCUGCUUGAUAAUUUUUCACGUUGCUAUGUUAGACUGUGCAAUCCUUCUCUUGGAUUGAUUUCUAACCGAUCUUCAAUACCUGUUUCGGAAGAUUGGUACAUCGUGCAUUAUGGUUUUGGAUACGAUCAGGUUAAUGAUAAGUACAAGGUGUUAUUAGUUGUGCAGAUUAAGGGUCACAUUUUUACCAAAAUACACACCUUUGGUUAUGAUGAUGGAUGGAAAACAAUUUCCAAUUUCCCGUGUGAUUUAGAUACGCAUUAUGGUAAAUUUGUGAGUGGCACUAUGAAUUGGUUAGUUUCUAAUAAAAAUACAUUUCUUUCUUUACAUGUUGAGAAUGAGACUUACAUAGAAUUGUUGUUACCUCAAAAUAAUGUUAACAAAAAAAUGUACUCCUAUCGUGCAUUGUCUGUUUUGAAUAAUUGUCUAUGCGUGUCUGAAUCUGAUAAUUUUCACUGGGUUUUAUGGGUGAUGAAAGAGUAUGGUAUUGUUGAAUCAUGGACAAAGUUCAUCAUCAUUCCUCAUGACAACCUCAUCCAUAAUGUACCUUAUUCGGUUGAGCCCUUGUUCAUUUCACAAGAUGGUGUUCUAAUGGUAUUAAUCGAUUCCGAACUUAUCCUAUAUAAUUCAAAUAGUGGUGUUGCCUUGAUAACUUUCAAGGGACUUGGUAUUCGUCCACAUCUUCACUGUGAGAGUUUAAUAUCACUGCCAUGUUUGUUUCGUAUAAAUAUUUACAGAAAUGCUGCUUUUCAGCUAUUCAGCACUACAAGUUGGAAACAAUUAUGGGAUCUUCUUUUUAUUCUAUUUAAGUAG